GGUACUCCUACUGGUCUGCCUUACCCGCGUUUUUAUCUCGGAUCCGGAAUGAAAGACAACACGACCACGGAAACUUGUCUUGCCGGAGCUGGUUCGUUGCUUUUUGAAUUUGGUUGCUUGUCAGCGCUUUUGGGUGACCCUCAAUAUGCGAGCGUUGCACGUCGAGUCGUUCUGAAUUUAUGGAAUCGUCGAUCAAGCGUCACAGGACUGUUGGGCUCUACCAUCGAUGUCAUCUCUGGAUCGUGGAUCAAUAAAAUGAGCGGCAUGGGCGCUGGUCAGGAUUCGUUUUACGAAUAUCUGCACAAAACAGCAAUCCUUUUCGAUGAUCCGCAACUGGGUCACAUGUUCAACGAGGUGUUGGACGCUUUGCGCUUUCAUCUGCGUAACUCGAACAACACCGGAUCCUGUUUGAACUCUCAAGGCAUUCCAUCAAUCUAUUGGAAUGUGAACAUGUACACAGGCGAACGUAUGAACUAUUGGGUUGAUUCUCUUCAAUCGGUAUGGCCGGGGAUUUUUGUACAUCAUGGUCAUUUGCAGGAGGCGGUUUGCCAACAUGCGAUUCAUUAUUUUAUUUGGCAACUGUAUGAUCUGCCUCCAGAACGGUACGAUCUUGCAACCGAACAGCCUCAAUUGUACUUCUAUCCAUUACGACCGGAAUUUGUGGAGUCCACCUAUUUCCUCUAUCGAGCCACACGACAUCCUUUCUAUUUGCGUGUCGGUGAACAGAUCAUCGAUAGUCUGAAUAAAUAUGCCCGAGCUGAAAGAGUUCGUGAGUGGCUAUGA